AUGGUAAUAUUGGAAAAUUAUAACGCUGUCAUACCUUCUCACGCUCGUCAGUUAGUCAUGGAACUAGGACAAAAUAAAACAGAUGGGAAGAUGGGAACUAAUUUUGCAAAAAUAUUAAUUGCAGAUGACAUGCUUGCAGAGAAAUCUCACAACUUGAUAACUCAAGCGUCAAUGAGGAAGCAACUGUCAGCCCCGGAAUACUUGGAAAAGAGAAAAAUGGACAGAGAGAGAAGGAAAUCAUUCGAAAACGGCAUAAGGGGUCGUCUCAAGAAAGUCAACAGGAAAUACACAGUACCCAAUUCUAGACCUGAAUUGAGACAAGAAUGCGAUUGCGUUCAGGUGUCUGUAGAUAAAGGCAUUGAUUAUACUUGCGACAAUUGCUAUGUCGAUCUGUGUUCGGAUUGUGAAACUGUAUUGGCCAAAACAAAGCGAAAAGAUGGAAAAUGCAGCUGUGAAGUUGGGGACAUAGUUGGCGACAAAUGUCCAGAAUGUGAUAAAUCAUUACAUUUUAUUGAUUCUGGGAGUGCUGAGGGAUUGGAAAGGAAACAUUCAGAUUGUAAAUGUUCUGACUUUAAGUCAUCGCAAGAGAGCUUCAACAAAGAGUUUUCUGGAUCUCUCAACAAAACUAGAGGUUAUCAUUCCUCUGAUAACAUCGUUGGGUAUUCAGAAAGUAGUAAAAGUAGAGAGGAUUUAAGUGACACCAAUAGUUCUUUAAACAACGUCAGAAGUAUUCCAAAAACAUGUCUUAAAUGCGAGAAAAUCAAAGAAAAUAUUGCUGUCACCGAAUCACCGCCUGCUUUGCAUGUUACAAGAAAAUCCAGAUGUGUUGAUAGUGAUAAAUACAAGACGGACACAUUACGAUCAAAAUCAAAAGACGAUCCGCAAAGAUCAAAAUUAUCUAAAAUAGGAACGUGGCGGAGGAAAUCUGAACCCGGAUUGCAACAAAACAAUUUAAUUUCAAAAAGGUCACAAGAUAGUGAUAGUGAAAGAUAUGAAUCACGAGGCUUUGAAAAGAUAGAAUUUGAAUGUCGAAAUUGUGGUUCCAAUAAAAUUACCAAAAAAUUAAAGACUAGUGAUGGCACUAUUGUUUCAGACCCUGAAAUAGAUAACAAGAAAAGAGGCGUAGGCUCCGCUAAAUUAGGAAUUGAAGUGAGAAUGUAUAAUACUAAAAAUAUACCAAAGAAAAUUUCAAAGCUAAAGAAAAAUAGAGCGAAGGGCUUACGUCUUGGAUCUGAUACUACUGCAAAAUUCUAUGCCGAUUUCUCUACUGAUGUAUCCACUGAAAAUAUUCUUCACAUAUCAGAGUCUAAUGACAGCUUGAAUAUAGAAAAAUCAAAAGAAGUUCCACAGGCAUUAGUAAUAUCAGACUCGUUAAGUAAAGAUGAAGAUAUUGAUGAUGAAACUUACAGAAAGUUAAUAGAAAAAACAGAUUCAUUUAAAAAGAACGAGUUAGAGAAAGUUAAAUAUUUAAAUCAGCAAAAAGUGAUUACUGAAGGGUCAGAAGCUGAAGAUAAACCAAAUGAGAUCGAAGAGGUAUGUGAUGAAGUGAAGGAAUAUUGCGAAGAAACAGAACAACCUUUGGAACAAAUAAUUUCACAACUAUUAAUGCAAAAUAGGGAGUUUCAAAAAUUACUAAAAAAACAACAAUUACGAAAUAGUGCUCAAAGACGUCACCAGAGGUUGCUAAAAUCUCAUUCAAAUCCAGAACAUGUUAUUCUCGGAAGAAACACCGAAUCCACAAAAUUGAAACCAAAAUACAACAGGCAAACUUCUGAAAAUAUAGACUUAAUUAAAACUGAUGAACAAGAUGACAUAUCGGCAGCUGGUAAAUUAGAAAUAGAAGUAGUGUUGUCAGACGAUGACCACAUAUAUGAAACACUGAGGGUAGACAAUAAAAAAGAAGAAAACUUAGUUAAUUCUAAUAGUCAAAAUAAACUUAAAAAAAUUGACUUACCUACACUAUCAAACGCUUAUAAUGGUCAAAGUAUUCCAGAUGUCAUAAUGACUAACCCAGAAUCAGAUUAUGUAUAUCUUUCAUUUGAUAAGUUGAAUGCUCAAGACACUGACGGCAUAUAUGACGUACCUGUAAAAUCUCCAGAAAAAAAUGUUAAGCGAGAAAACAUCGACGACUAUGUUACAAUGGAACAACAAAGAGUACCAAGCAUUAGUGAAAAUCUGUAUGACAGCUUAGUUGAAGUUUGUAGACGGAAGAAAGAUUUACAUACAACUUUAGCAAAUGAUUAUUUGCCCAUGAGUCCAGAUCAACAAAGUCCUAAUACGCCAGAAAUAUGGCUGAGUAGACAGAAAGAACAUUUUAAUGUAUCACGUGACAGAAAAUCUGGAUCACUUCCUAGAAGUUUUCAGGUGGUAACAGCGACUCAAGAAGAAAAUAAUUUGAAUACUUUUAAAUGCAAACCUAAUAGUACUAGUAAAACGUACUUAAAUAGAGAUGGAAAGGUUAUGAGUACUGAUAGGCCUUUUACCAUCGCCUCAGAUAAAAGUGAAAUUAGUUAUGAUGAUGUCGAAAACUACAUGAGCGAAGGUGAUAUUCUGAAAUUCAGCAAAGGUCCGAAAACAAAUGACAGUGAAUAUCAACGGGAUAUCAGCCAGUCAACUCUAGAAUUAGAAGAAGAAAUUGAUCGGUGUUAUAAGAAUAAUUUUGAAGAAAUUGAUUUAAAUAAAAACAAAAAUGAUAAUCUUUUAACAGUUUCUCAACCUAAUUUAAACACUUCCACUACUUCAUCAUGUGAAAUAUUACCAGUUAAUCACAAUGAUGAUAAACAAAAUGAAACAGAAGUUAUACAUCCCGAACAUAAAAUUUAUAAGCCGACUAGUAAUAUUCUUUCACUUCGAAAUGUUUUAAAUCGUUUCAAAAAUAAAACUCCAAAUAAAAACAGUGAUGAUAGUGAAAUCAAUGCAAAUGAUCAAAGUAGCCCUGACAGUGUAAGAUCUGAUUUGAAAAGUCCUGCAAGUGAAAAACGUUCGGGUUUAAAUCCUAGAAGUUAUUCUAAAAACUUAUUACAAAGAUUCAAAAGUAUUAUUGGUGAUGAGCAUGCGGAUGAUAAUCAGAAUAAAACGGAAAUCAUCAGAACAGAUAUAACAACAGAAGAUGUUCGGAAUAGUUCAUCAAGAAAUGAUGUAAAAGUUGUUAUAACUUCUACUGAUAUCAGUUCAACAAUUUCAGUUACAAACUCAUCAAGGAAUGAAAUUUUAACUAAGAGUGUGUAUGAACACUUAACUAACGAAAAAAACAAUUUAGAUAAAUUUUCUCAGAGUUGUGAUGAUAUUUCACCAAAAGAUGAAAUCAGUAGACCGAAAUACGAAAAAAGUUUCAGUAUGGUUACGAAUAUAUCAAGCUCAAUAAGCAGUACGUCCUCGCCGUCUAAAUCUAAUAAUAGUUCAUAUCACAGCUUAAACAAAUUACCUAUUUACAUGCAAGGCAGUAAACACUUAGGUGCUAGAAUAGCUCAGUCGGAUUACGUUGACCCUAUGACACUAGUAUGUGAGAACUCGACAUUAAAAAACGUUAACGUAUUAAUAAACAAAAGUGCUGUCAGACCUGAUAGUUUAUUUUCAAACUCUUCUUUUGUAACUUCGUCGAGUGAAGGCACAUAUCAUGACAGUCAAAAAUCAAAUACUACACAAACAGUUCCAGAAAGCAAUACAAUAGCUGAAUCGCCGAGCCACACAGAUGAAAAUUUUUAUGAGAAAUCCUUUGAAAGGAUAGAGCAUAUGACCGAUCAGGACGUAUUUAGAGAUUCAGCAGUUUAUUCUGAUCAAGAGGAUACAAUAGAAACCAAAACUGAGACUUCAAGUAAAGUAAACAAAAUCGUUACACGAGUAGAAAGUAUUAGAAGAGAAGCAUCAUUUAAAACUAAAAAUAGUACGAUAAUUUCAAAUGUAAGCGAUCGGAGUGUGAACAAACAAUUAACCGUAAUCACAAAUAAAACUCAACACACUGAGCUUAGUCAUAAAAAUGAUGCAGAUAAGUUAAAGCCUAAAGUAGCACCUCCUAUUCCUGCCAAACCUAAAAUAUCAAAUAUUCCUGCGUUGACUAGUAUCUCAUCAAAAACAAAUGUUACAAAUAAAUCUAAUUACCAUAUUAAAAGUCAAGGACGUUCCUCAUCUUCUGAAUCUAUUAAUACAAAAACUAUCAAGCGCAGUACUAAUCCUAAUUCUAAACAAACAAUCGACAGAAUAGAAUCCACUACACAUAAUGAACCAAAAACCUGUAAAGACAAGGCAACUGAAACUAGAGUGAGUAACGUAAAUGUUAAAGACGAUAAUACACUAAAAUCACAUGGUAACAUACAAAUGAAAAGAUUAAGCUUCGAAAGGGCUAGUUUUGAUUCUGCUACUAUACGUAAAACAAAAGUCAACGAUUCAAAGAGAAUUAAUGAACCACCGAAAAUAGCCAGUAAAUCUGUCUUAGAAAGACGAAUGGAAAUCGAAUUAAUGUCUAAAAGUCAAACGGUAAAACUUGGACAGAGUAUCAAAAAGCCUUUACAAAGGCCUAAGCCCGUUGCGACGAAAGUAGCUAAUCUUCAAAGAAGUCUUAGUGACAAUCCAACGAAAGAUGAAAUUUCCUUAAGGACUCCAGACAAUGACAUUCCUAUUAACAAAAACACAGAUGAUCUUACUAAUUCCGAAUCGAGAGAUUUAGAUGCAAAAGGCAGUUGGGUUAAACAAGUUGUCAACAAAUUCCAAUGA